AAAAUCCCCAACUUGACAGUAAACAUAACCCAACUUUCGCGACACAUAACCUCAAAAAACUCAAAACCCCCAUCAGAAUUUCAAACAUUAAUGGCAUCUCUAAUUCCGAACGCGUUGCACAAAGUAUUACACCAGCAAGUGCGUUUUUUGCCGAGAUGGAGCCACAGAAGGCCGAUAAACGUGCUGUCGCCAGAGCAAGAAGAAAAGGAAUUUGAGGAAAAGCACGAACAAAAGUUUGAAGAAGUUUACACAACAAGUCGUGAUAAGGUCGAGAGGGUUGAAAAGGAGGUUAAGUUUCAAGUUAAAGCGAGGAAGAAUGUGGCGCCUUUUACCAUAUCUUCGAAGCAGAAGAAACCUGUGGUGACGGAUGUUUUGGAGACUGUAAUCGAUAGCGAAGGGAAUUUGGUGUACACCAAAAUGAAGGAUAAUGACCAAAGAGUGGGAACGAUUUUGACCAAGUUAAAAAGUAAAAAGGAGAAAAUGAAUCCAGAAAAAAUACUACUGGAAGGUAAAAGAAUAAUAAAGGAUGCCUUACUAGGCGGUUGUAAGCUGGAAUACAUUUUAUUCAGUAGAAUGUCUGACGUGGAAUACUUGAAACCGUAUAUUCCCAAGUUGGGUUCUAAAUUAUAUAAAAUGCCUUAUAAGGAAAUGCAGUUAUGGUCCGAAUUGACUACAAAUCCUGGAAUUAUGGGUAUUUUCCACACACCAAAGGUGGAAACAUUCAAAAGUCCAAACAGUUUACCCUUAAUUGUAAUAUGUGAUAAUGUUAGGGACCCUAGCAAUUUAGGGGCUAUUUUAAGGGCCUGCAGUGGUGUAGGGUGCGAAAAAGUAAUUUUAACUAAAGGUUGUGUAAACUUGUGGGACAGUAAAGUAUUGAGGAGCUCCUCCGGGGCCCAUUUUAGGCUCCAGAUACACCAGAGAUUGGAGUGGGAAAAAAUUAAAGGGUUGUUGGGUGAAAAUGCAGGUUUAUUUGUGGCUGAUAACAAUUUGGAAGCAACGCAAAUAUCUAUACCGUUAUUGCCAUAUUAUGGUAUUAAAUUUGAUAGAACCAAACAUAAUGUUGUCAUAGUUGGCGGUGAAUCUGAAGGAAUAAGUUCGGAUUGCUAUAAGACUGUUCAAGAAUAUCAAGGUGUGAGGGUGAAUAUACCAUUAAGUAAUAAUGUAGAAAGUUUAAACAAUGGUAUGGCGGUAGGAAUAAUAGUAUUUGAAAUUAAAAGACAGCUGUUAUUGAACAAUACGUAAAAUAAAC